GUGCCUCCCAUCACACUUCCUUUUCCCAACCGCCAAGUGAAGAGCAAGCUUGACAAGCAGUUUGCUAAGUUCUUGGAGGUGGUUAAGAAUUUGCAGGUAACAGUUCCUUUUACUGAAUUAAUCACACAAGUGCCUACUUAUGCUAAAUUCAUGAAGGACAUAUUGACUAGGAAAAGAGCUUUUAGUGAGGUGGAUACAGUUGCUUUUACUGAACAAUGUAGUGCUUUGCUACAAAAUAAAUCCCCUCCAAAAUUGAAAGAUCCUGGUAGUUUCUCCAUCCCUUGUCACAUUGGAAAACUGUUUAUUGAUAAAGCUUUAUGUGAUUUAGGAGCUAGUGUUAGUGUGAUGCCCUUUUCUGUCUGUUCUAAACUGAAAAUGGGUGAUCUAAAAGUUACUAAUAUUACUCUACAAAUGGCUGACCGUUCUGUUAAAUAUCCUUUGGGUAUUUUGGAGGAUGUCCCUGUUAGGGUAGGUAAGUUUUAUAUCCCUGUUGAUUUUGUUGUUCUUGAUAUGGAGGAAGAUCAACAAAUUCCUAUUAUUUUAGGAAGACCUUUCCUUCAUACGGCAGGAGCAGUAAUUGAUGUGAAAAAUGGUAGACUUACACUUUCUGUGGGGGAUGAUAAUGUAACUUUCAAUUUGAGCAAUGCUUUCAAAGGUCCCAUGCUUGAGGAAAAAUGCUAUGUUAUUGAUGUAGUUGAUGUGAUUUGUCAUGAUAACUUGCCCCUAACUCUUAUGAAAGAUCCUUUGGAGGCCGUUCUUUGUCUUGAAUCUUCUACAGGUGAUGCUAGCAUUUGGAAGACUGAAAUUAAUGCUAUUGAACAAGCUCUUUGUAAUGAAGAGCUUAGUCAUAGCAAGAGCAAGAGAGUGCAGAGGUUAGUUCGGCCUAUAUGCAAAGUUGAGAUGCUUAAAAGGAUGAUGACGAUGAUGAUGAGCAGCAGGAUAAUGACUUUGACCCCAUGGGUUAGUGGGCUCUUGCCCCCCUCUCAAACCCUGUGGACAAUGCUUGAUUUGGCUUGGGGAGGGAGUCUUGAUUGUUGCUUUAGCUUACUCUCUUGUAUAUAUUCCACCGCUUUUAGUGUAGUUGUUUUGGUUGGAGUUGGUUGUUUCUCUCCUCUUGCAGGUUCUUUUGCAAGUCGCGCUUUGGAUAACGUGAUGAAUUUUUGUGCUUCAGCUUGCAUUAUGAAGUUAAUUGGAUUGUUGCAUGGUUUGUACCACUCAUUAGGAGUGGGAGUUUACAUGUGA